CUUUGAAGGUCGAGUAUGGGUUACUUUUGAAUUUUUCCUCUGCCUUAUGGGAUGCAAUGGCACUUAGGAAGUACUUGAGUUCAGUAAUUUUUUUGUUGGCUAUCUAUUUCGAGGCAUGUUCAUCACUUGGGAAUAACAGCAUCUUAAUAAAUAAUAUUUGCAUUGAGUACCGUAAAAAUGUGUCGAUAUACGUUAAGAAUAUAAUAUACAAUAUGUCAACCAAAACAGCACCCGUUUCAUUUUGUGGUUGGUGUAGUGAAACUGUGUAUAAACUAAAGAAAGUCAUAGAAGAGCAAGAGGCUUAUAGUGCGAAUGGCGAGGCAUGUGCUGAUCUCUUGGCGAAUACAGAAAGGGGUACAAUAGAUUCUAUCGACUUCAUUUUCGAUAAAUGGAAUCGUUCCUUCUGCUCCCAUUGUCUUGAAGAAGUUUAUUCCGAUCAAAGCAUUAGUAUAUCAGCGGAUUCUUUCAAUAACAUAGAACAGCCUAGACGCCUUCUACAUACGGAUUCUCUAUACAACUUGCAAGUCUACAGUAAAAACGUGCGUACAUUCUUCGAAAAGCUUGAUGAUGCUUUAAGUUGUUUCAUGCAGUUCAUCAAUAAUCCCAACAUAUCUAUUCUCAAUGUAUUAAAUUUCCCCUCGCCUAGCACCUUAAAUAUCAGUUCGACGGUUUGUCAAAAUUGUUCAGCAGCGUAUUAUAGCCUCCUAGAUUACUACACUAAUAAUCUCCUAAGAUAUAACUCUCUAGAAGGAGGGAAUCAAAAUUUCCUUGUAAAAGAACGCUCUGGUCAUCGUUUCGCCGUAUGUUUGGACGUACAAAAUGCCAUAAAUCGCACACAAUGGGCUUGGUACAACUUAUUUCGAUGCCGAACGGAGGAAGUUAGUCAUAUUGGCUUCUUCUUACCAUUGAUAGUUUGUGUCACAUUCCUCGUAGUUUUCCAUUGUCUUGCCCAAUCAGUAUGUCGUUAUCCCGCUCAUCUGCUGGUAUACAGGCCAAGACGUGUUGAACCUACUGUUAGAUGUCAACGAAUUCUUAGCACAGCCUCGAUUUCGCGUGGGCAAAUGUCAUUAGUCCGGUCUUAUGGGACCAUUGGAUCUGUGGAAGAUAACACAAUAGAUUCUAACCUAAUUGCAAAGACAUACUCACAGUCUGACUCACUAUUUGACAAUCGCACAGUGGUAAUCCGAACAUAA